AUGGUUGGGAUACCUAAGCUCCUAGAGCUUACGCUCUUGGCCACCUCAGCUUGCGCCUUCUUCAUCUGGCCUCCUCUACCAUGCGAUCCAGGGGAGCCUUGUUAUGUGAGCGGUAGUAACGAUGUUAGAGGAAAGACGCUUGUGGGAGCUGGAGGUCAAUUCCAUUCUCCAUCGCCGCCUGGAGGUGAACCCGCACCGGACGGGUUUAUCAGUCUCAGUGUGGAGCAAAGAAACGCCGAUCCUAAUGAGAGUCACGAAGCUGGCGCUGCCCGAGCUGCCCGAGACGCCAAGCGAAUUGCACACAGAUUUGCUAGCUUGGAUAGCACGCGAGUACCAAAAAGGAGGUCCGGCAGGCUGGCAGCCAGGACUAAUACGUAUGCCGUUGUCGAACCCGAGAGUACAAACAGGAAGGAUAGCGCGGGCAUCUACCACGACCCUUCGGACUACGCCUAUUUCGCCAAAGUUCAGUUUGGUUCGUCAAAGAAGCCGUUGUAUAUGCUCCUAGACACCGGUUCCUCGACGGCGUGGAUCAUGGGCUCGACAUGCAAGAGCGACGCCUGCAUCUACCACAACCUUUUCGGGGUUGACGACUCCAAGACGCUCAAGCUGCAGAGCAAGGAGUUUCGUCUUGCCUAUGGAACUGGCGCUGUUGCCGGCACUCUCGCCCGUGAUACCAUCUCGGUUGCCGGAAUUUCCCUCGAUAUGGCCUUCGGGUUGGCCAAUGAGACAUCUAGUGACUUUACUCAUUUCGCCUUCGAUGGCAUUCUUGGCCUCGACAUGGCCGUGGGGGGCACAGACGGUUUCAUAACCGAGCUUGUGAACCAAAAGGUUCUGCAAAGCAACAUUUUUGCCGUCACUCUGGGCCGAGCUUCGGACCCAGUCAACGAAGGUCAGAUCACGUUUGGAGGUGUCGACCCUUCCAAGUACACGGGUGACAUUACCUACACGAAUCUGGCCAAGGAUAACAGGGGCGCUUGGAUCAUUCCCAUUGACGGCUUUGGAUUUGGAGGUAAAAAGGUGACCUUCCAGGGCCGUACGACGUACAUUGAUACGGGCACUUCGUUUGCCUUUGGACCGCCAGCGGAUGUCACGGCUCUCCAUAAGCUUAUUCCUGGUUCCACGACGGUAGACGAGGUCACAUGGUAUGUUCCGUGCAGCGACUCUCCGAUUGAGGUGACGUUUAGCGGUGUUACCUACAAGAUUUCGGCCAAAGACUGGCAGGCGGGCAGCGGCACGUCGUGCAGAAGCAACAUUUAUGGACGCGAGGUGGUGGCAAACGGCUGGUUGCUCGGAGACGUUUUCCUCAAGAACGUGUAUAGCGUCUUUGAUGUGGAUAAGAAACGCAUCGGAUUCGCUGCCAAGGUUGAGCCUGUUACGAUAACGACCACAUCGGGUGCUCAGACCAGCCAAACCGCUUCUGGUACGACCUCUUCGAAUGAUACUCCCACCUCGGCCGAUGCCACGGGCCAAUCUACCAAGAGCCAAUCUGCAACUCCGAGUGGGAAGGAUUCCGCCGGUUACCAGCUCAAGAGCAACGCGUAUGCUCUGGUGCUGGGUAUCACCGUCAUGGCCGCCGCUAUCGUGGCUUAGUAGCACACCACACGGUGUUUGUACAAUAUUCCGCAUCCUUGUUUGGUUGUCUGUUUUUCGUUUCACACACACACAUGCCGCAUAUCAAUAGCAAGCCAGCGAGUUAUUGAAGUUUCCUGUAACAUAUGAUACCCUCAAGUGUACCUUUUGAGAAAGAAAAUGAGUUAGUUGACAGCACAUCUUUGGAAGAAGAAAGCUGGGUUUGAAAAAAAAGAGAAAAAAAAUAGAUGAUGUGUAUAAACAU